GCCAGGAGAGGCCCAAGAUGAGAGCCCUGGGAGCUGUUGUCACUCUCCUGCUCUGGGGACAGCUUUUUGCUGUGGACUUGAGCAAUGAUGCCAUGGAUACUGCAGAUGACAGCUGCCCAAAGCCACCAGAGAUCGAAAAUGGCUACGUGGAGCACUUGGUUCGCUAUCGCUGCCGCCAACACUACAGACUACGGACUGAAGGCGACGGAGUGUAUACCCUAAACAGUGAGAAGCAGUGGGUGAACACAGCUGCUGGAGAGAGACUCCCCGAGUGUGAGGCAGUGUGUGGGAAGCCGAAGCAUCCCGUGGACCAGGUGCAGCGCAUCAUAGGUGGUUCUCUGGAUGCCAAGGGCAGCUUUCCUUGGCAGGCCAAGAUGGUCUCCCGCCACGAACUCAUCACAGGGGCCACACUGAUCAGUGACCAGUGGCUGCUGACCACGGCCAAAAACCUCUUCCUGAAUCACAGCGAGGAUGCGACAUCCAAGGACAUUGCCCCUACCUUAAAACUCUACGUGGGAAAAAUGCAGCCGGUGGAGAUUGAGAAGGUGGUUAUCCACCCCAACCGCUCUGUGGUGGACAUUGGGUUAAUCAAGCUCAGACAGAAGGUGCCUGUCAACGAGAGAGUGAUGCCCAUCUGCCUGCCUUCCAAAGACUACAUAGCACCAGGCCGCAUGGGCUAUGUGUCUGGCUGGGGGCGGAAUGCCAACUUCAGGUUUACUGAUCGUCUCAAGUACGUCAUGCUGCCCGUGGCUGACCAGGACAGCUGUAUGCUUCACUAUGAGGGUAGCACAGUGCCCGAGGAAGGCUCCAAGAGUCCUGUUGGGGUACAGCCCAUCUUGAAUGAGCAUACCUUCUGUGCUGGCAUGACCAAGUACCAGGAAGACACCUGCUAUGGCGAUGCUGGCAGUGCCUUUGCCAUUCACGACCUGGAGCAGGACACCUGGUAUGCAGCUGGGAUCCUGAGCUUUGAUAAGAGCUGUUCUGUAGCUGAGUAUGGCGUGUACGUGAAGGUGAACUCCUUCCUGGACUGGAUUCAGGAAACCAUGGCCAAGAACUAGUGCAAUACUGACUGGA